CUCCACUCUAACUCUCCCUUCGUCCACCGCUCUCCUACGACCCACGUUCCUUCAGCCGCGGCCACGAUGAAAAAGCAAUGAAGCGCGGGGAGAAAGAGAAAAGCCACGAUGCUUGAUUGUAGAGAAUGACUAGCUAGCCUAUACGGUCUGGGGGCUACACUACUGAGGCGUCUGCACGCUGGAAGGGCGUGCAGAAUGAGCUGAGGAGGAGAGGCCGCUGAAGCGUGGAGUAGAUACAGUAGCUUGGAGUCUUGUCUGGCACGCGACUGGCACAAGCUUCUUUCCACUCCUCAGAGACGAGUCUCCCAUUGUCUUUGAUAUCUCUACCUUGACACAUAAAUCCAUCACCAGUAUCAAUUGCACGAGGGAAAGUCUACGAGCGGAUUGUGAAUUGCUUCAUCGCGUGCAUUCUUUGUUCUGCUUGGACCAAUUGUUGUCCUGGUUCUUUUUCUAGCCUCGGCACUGCUUCCCUACGUCAGUCGUAUCGGCACAGCACAGUCACAGACUGCGAGGACCUAUCGAGGGGUCAAGGGACAAUUGUCACACGCUGAAUUGGAGAGCUUCAUCAGAUCAGCUUAUGGGAAAGAGUAGUCAUCGCCAUUGAAGGGUUCACCAACACUCUCCCAGAGGCCUGAGGGCCGGCAAAACACAUAUUCAACAUGUCGUGGAGGAAAUCCGAGAUGUUGAUGGACACCAUCAAGCAUUAUUCGGCAUUCCCUGCCACGGGUGUGAGCUUGAGGCAGAUGGUCCAGUUUGGAGAGAGACCGUCGACAGGUGCGUUGUUUGGUGUUGCCAUGGAAAAGGUGUCUGCGCGGCGGGGCAAUAGCUGAAAUCUGUUUGCAAUAGGGACCUUAUUUCGAGCUUCACAAUUCCUCUCCGAGGAGCUGCCCAUACGAUUGGCACAUCGAGUACAGGAAUUGGGGGAUCUGCCAGAUGGACUCAAUGAAAUGCCCUCCAUCAGGAAAGUGCAAGAUUGGUACGCACAGUCAUUUGAAGUAUUACUCUACUAUUUUCUCAAGACGAGCUGAGGGGGAUCUGACAUGUGAUGCAAGGAAAUAACGACUCUGCAAAGACCCAGUCUCUCGAAAGACGUCCGCGAUCGACUCAUGCGGCCCUCGAAAACGGACGGGAAGCCCUCCAAGAUCCUCACGGAAACGACGUUAAAUCCCAGCGUCAAAAAGGGGCAGUAUAGCUCCCUAACCUGGCAGCAGAACGCCAAAGGAAAAGAAAACGGGGACGCAAAAAAGGCUGCGAGACGUUACUUUGCUACGGUGGAAGAUACGUCCGACUGGCCCCCCGAACUCCACGAUUACAACCAGAGGUUUGCGCAGACGUUGAACCAGAUCAAGCGAAGGCAUGAUAGCGUUGUAACGACCGUUGCCCAGGGAAUCCUGGAAUACAAACGGAAACGUCAACGCAUGCAGAUUGACAACAAUAUUCAAGCUUUCUUGGACCGAUUCUACAUGUCCCGAAUUGGCAUUCGCAUGUUAAUUGGACAGCAUAUUGCGCUGACGGAUCAAAGUCAUAGUAAGGAUCCGGCGUAUGUGGGAAUCAUCUGCACCAAAACCAACGUGAGAGAUCUUGCGCAGGAGGCUAUUGAGAAUGCGCGAUUCGUCUGUGAAGAUCAUUAUGGCCUAUUUGAUGCGCCCAAAGUCCAACUCGUUUGUCCCCCGAAUCUACAUUUCAUGUAUGUCCCAGGCCAUUUAUCGCACAUGCUCUUUGAGACCCUGAAAAACUCUUUACGAGCGGUGGUGGAAACCCACGGACAGGAUAAAGAGGAUUUCCCCGUGACGAAAGUUGUCGUUGCUGAGGGAAAAGAGGAUAUCACGAUCAAGAUCUCGGAUGAAGGGGGUGGGAUCCCGAGAAGUUCGAUCCCGCUGGUUUGGACGUAUAUGUAUACCACCGUUGACACAACGCCGAGUCUCGAUCCAGAUUUUGAUAAGAGUGAUUUUAAAGCUCCUAUGGCGGGCUUUGGAUAUGGAUUACCUAUCUCGAGACUCUACGCCCGAUAUUUUGGGGGCGAUCUGAAACUCAUUAGUAUGGAAGGGUAAGUGAUCAACCUCUUUCCCCUUUCCCUUUCCCUUUAACCCCUUUCCCUUCCCCUUACAUCCCCUUCUCCUUACAUCCCCUUCUCCUUACAUCCCCUUCUCCUUACAUCCCCUUCUCCUUACAUCCCCUUCUCCUUACAUCCCCUUCUCCUUACAUCCCCUUCUCCUUACAUCCCCUUCUCCUUACAUCCCCUUCUCCUUACAUCCCCUUCUCCUUACAUCCCCUUCUCCUUACAUCCCCUUCUCCUUACAUCCCCUUCACAACACUAAACAAAACCCCAGCUACGGAACGGACGUCUACCUGCACCUCAACCGCCUCUCGAGCUCCUCGGAGCCUCUCCAAUAACAAUCAGCCGUCAUGAGGGACACCUACACCACCCCCUAUCGCCCCAACUCUGCUCCGUGGGCGUCUCAGGGAUUGACGAAUUUGUGGAGAGAGCAGAGUCACGUGGCGAAGUUGCAGAUGCGGUUGAAGUUAAGAUCUGGUGCUGCGACGGGGAUGCUGAGAGAGGUCUCGGAGAGGAAACAGGUUGGGGAUGCGGUGAGUAUGGUUAAUGAAGGCAGGAAUGCCCGUGCGAGGUAUGGGU